AGAAGGGCUGGGCAUAACAUUUCCAAUCUAUUUAAAACCAAGAGAAUCUAACCAGCAACCAUUACUAAGGGAAAGCAUUUACAGGAACAGUAGGCAGAUCAUGCAGGCUGCUCUUUAGGAAAACUGCUCUCAAAUUAAGAGGGAAGCACCACUGCUCUGACAAGGCGGCCUUUUCAUUUUUUUUUCUUCUUCUGCUGGCUUUUUGUUUGUUAUGAGUAUGUCUCGGUCUCCCAGAGAGUGAGACACUGAGCUGCAGAAUGUAUCUGAUGAGGAAGUAGGCUAAGGGGAAAGCAUCAGAAGCUGUAACUUGACUCUACAGUAUCCGGUGAGUUAAGUUCUAAACUGAGCUGAGAUUACUCCAAAAACAUGGACAGACCUGGUCAAAACAGAAGGCCUGGGCCUGGGGCAAGGCCCAGGAGAGGUCAUGAGAAUCAUUUUGUGGCAGAAUCCCCACAAAGAGGUGGAAACAGGAACAACAAUCCUCGAAGAGGACCUCAGCUCAGGGGUGCAGCUGGAGGUAACAGAGGAGCACAAGCUCCCCCCAGACCAGCACAGAAUGCUCCAUGUCCAGUUCCACUGCUUGGAGAGGAAGGACGUAAUUUUGGCAGGGGAGGCAGAAAUACAAGGGGCAAAAGCCGAGGUGGCCAAGGCAGCCAUCGAGGUGCACAUGGAGGUGGAAACAGCGAGAGAUACAAUAAUGACUCCAUGAGACAAAAUCCUGAUGAUAGAAGAGAAAAGUGGCAACAGUAUGGGGGUAGAUCACAUGAUGAUUCUGAAGCACCUCAAGUGAGAAAACUUGGCUACAAAACCCUUGAGGGUCUUCUUGAUAAAGAUCCUUCUGAAGUUGUAAUAACUUUGGCUUCCAGUACAGGGCUAAAAGAGCUUCUGAACCAGGAUAAAUUGCACCCAAAUGUUAUCCAGUUGCUUUGCAAGGUUCUGUGCCAGGGUUGCAGCUCUAAAACAGAUCGUCAUAAUGUUCAGCACCUUCUGAGUGUAAUAAAAGACUCAAAGUUUCUUAAACUCUGCCUGCCUCGCUAUGUCAUCAACAUGUUGACAGACCCUAUUCCUUCACGUAGGCAAGAAUACCCAGAGCAUAUUGAAAAUAUUAUUUCUCUUCUUCAGAACAUGGUAAGUGUCUUCCCAGCCAGCUCUGUUGAAGACAGCUCCAUGGUGAUCCUAGUUCUGCAACAAGCCAUAAAUGCACUGAGAUCAGCUGGAGUCAGUAUUAAUGAACAGACUGAGAAAAAAAUAGAAAAAGUCCAGACAAUCAUUCAACAUCUUCAGGAAAAGAAACGGAAUGGGACACUGAGAAGGGACAAUUAUACUUUUAUAGAUCCACAAGACAAUGUGCCUGGUGAAAGUUAUAGGACAAUGAUUGUUUAUCCCACUUACAAUGAGAUCCACCAAGCGGAAAAACCGUUUCUUCGCCCAAAUAUAGUAUCUGCCCGAUAUGCUUCCACAAAUGUCUACCUUGACACUCACUUCCGUCUUCUGAGGGAAGACUUUGUGAGACCACUGCGAGAUGGGAUUGCAGAACUUCUCUCCAGUUUUGAUGACAAAGGAUCAAGAAAGAGACGAUUUGAUGACAUCCGUGUGUACUUCAAUGCUAAGAUUAUAGCCCCAGUUUGCUCCUCAGUGGGGAUAACUUACAAAGUAAAGUUUGACACCAAACCUUUGAAAGCUAUCCGUUGGCAGAAUUCUAAGCGACUUCUCUAUGGUUCCCUUGUGUGUAUGUCCAAGGACAACUUUGAGACAUUACUCUUUGCUACUGUGUCUGACCGUGACCCUGCUGAGCUUCAGAAGGGAGUUGUACAGUUGUGUUUUAAUGAGAGUAGUCGACCUUCCCUGGCAGAGAUCCAGCCAUCUGAUUCUUUCCUCAUGGUUGAAACAACAGCCUACUUUGAAGCUUACCGUCAUGUGUUAGAGGGCCUGCAGGAAAUUGAGGAAGUGGACCUUCCCUUCCAGAAGUACAUUGUAGAAUGUGAUCAUGAGGUGAGGGAGCCUAAGUAUCUGCAAUUUGGAGGAUAUUAUGAUUUUUCCUGUCUAAUGGAAGACAAGCCGUCUGAUGGUGAAGAAAGAAAUGCAUACAAAAGAUACACUUUUGAAAAAACAGUCAAGUUUAAUGUGUUAGAUCCUACUGUGUGGCCUUCAAAAGAUGCUUUAAAGAUGGAUGAUUCACAGCUAGAAGCUCUGAAGCUGGCACUAACUAAGGAAGUGGCCAUCAUACAAGGGCCUCCCGGGACAGGAAAAACAUAUGUCGGACUGAAAAUUGUGCAAGCGCUUCUGAAUAAUGACCAUGCAUGGCAAGUGACACUUCCACGUUAUCCAAUUCUAGUGGUCUGCUACACAAAUCAUGCUCUGGAUCAGUUCCUAGAAGGAAUCCACAAAUUUUUGGACAAGGGCAUUGUUAGAGUCGGAGGCAGAAGCAGCAGUGAAAUCCUGAAGCAGUUUACACUGAGGGAUCUAAGAACCAAGAGAGAGUUCCGGAAGAAUCUUCCUCCUCACCUUCAAAGGGCUUAUGCUGAAGUGACUACACAGUUGAAGCAAGCAGAAACGAAGAUCAUUGAUGGAGGGAAACAUUUGGAGUGUACCAUGCGUGGAGUCUUGCAUGAGCGAUUUUUGGAAAGGCACAUUAAACCUCAGCAUUGGGACUGCUUGCAGGAAGGCUUGGUGGAUGAAAAUGGAUUUCCUUUCAAUAUCAGCCAAACAUCUGUUAUUGUAGAGUGGCUGGGACUUGGCUCUGCAGUACUUUUUCGAACUCGUGAUUAUAGGCUGCAUCCUGCAUUUGAGGGGGCAGAUGGGCUGCAAGAUGAUGAUGCAGAUGAAGAUGAUGAAGAAGAGGAACUCAUUGAGAUUGACGAAGAAGCUGAUCUCAUUCAGGCUGACAGGGUGAUUGAUGAUGAGAACACUAAGCCACGAAAAAAGAAUAAUGCUGUAAACGAAUUGGCCAACUUCAUGCUAGCUAUGCAACUGGAGGAACAGCCAAGCCAUGGAGAAUCAAGCAACAAAGAGCAGCAGGACAAUGGUUGGCAGAUGCAAAAGAAACAAAAGAAAAAGUUGAAACAACGAGUCAAAAAUGAACUAUCUAAAGGUGAUGUCAUGACAGCAGAGGAGGUUGAUGAGAUAACUGACAUAUGGAGCUUGGAUGUCAACACUCGAUGGCGUUUGUACAGGCAUUGGUUGUGCAUGUUCCAGGCUGACAUCCGAAAAAAGAUUCUGCAGCAUGAACAGCAGUUCCAGAUAGCAGCAGACAGGCUUAUGGAGCUCCGGGAAAAGGAGGAUCGUCUUCUUCUUCAAGAUGCUCGAAUCAUUGGAAUGACAACCACAGGUGCAGCAAAGUACCGACGUGUCCUGCAAGCAGUGAAACCAACCAUUGUCAUUGUGGAGGAAGCAGCUGAAGUGUUGGAAGCUCACAUUAUCACCACCCUCAGCAGAAAUUGCCAGCACCUAAUCCUGAUAGGUGACCACCAGCAGCUACGUCCUAGUGCAAACGUAUAUGAUCUUGCUCAGAAUUUCAACCUGGAGGUAUCUUUGUUUGAACGGCUUGUGAAAACAAACUUUCCUUAUGUUCGAUUAAAUUACCAGCAUCGAAUGCGCCCUGACAUUGCCCGACUACUAACACCUCACAUAUAUGAUCACCUGGAGAACCAUCCCUCUGUAUUGCUAUAUGAGAACAUAAAGGGGGUCAUGUCAAAUUUGUUCUUUUUGGAGCACAACUUCCCUGAGCAGGAGAUUAUUGAUGGCCGGAGUCACCAGAACAAACAUGAAGCUGAGUUUGUGGUUGCCCUCUGCCAAUACCUCAUUUGUCAGGACUACAGCCCAUCCCAGAUCACAGUCCUCACUACCUAUACUGGUCAGCUUUACUGUCUUCGCAAGCUGAUGCCCUCCAAGAAGUUUGAAGGUGUGAAGGUGCACGUGGUAGACAAAUACCAGGGUGAAGAGAAUGACAUAAUCUUAUUGUCACUGGUUAGAAGCAACAAAGAAGGGAGGGUUGGAUUCCUCAGGAUUGCCAAUAGGAUAUGUGUUGCUCUCUCAAGGGCAAAAAAGGGUCUGUAUUGUAUAGGGGAUAUGAAAAUGCUAGGGCAAGUUGAACUAUGGAGCAGAAUCAUACAGACUUUACGAGAGAAAAGACAAAUUGGAAAUUCAUUGAUGCUUUCUUGUCAAAACCACCCUGAAACAAAGACUCUAGUAUCUAGUGCUAAAGACUUCAGUACAGUUCCAGAGGGUGGUUGCAGCCUACCUUGUGAAUUCCGAUUGGAAUGUGGCCAUGUUUGCACUAGGGCAUGUCAUCCAUAUGAUGUGGACCAUAAACAGUUCCAGUGUAUGAAGUCCUGUCAGAAGGUCCUUUGCAAAUUUGGGCACAAGUGCCCCCAGUUGUGUUUCAAAAAGUGUGGAUCAUGUCAGGUCAGGGUUGAUAAGGUGAUCCCUCAGUGUGGGCACACGCAAAAGGUACCAUGCUCAAUGAAAGCAGACGAAUUCUGUUGCCUGGAGCCCUGUCAGAAACCUUUGAACUGUGAGCACAAAUGUUCUAACACAUGUGGGGAGAUGUGUACUGAGCUUUGCCCAGAGAAGAUUACACUUACACUAAAGUGUGGCCACGCGCAAGAGGAAGAGUGCCAUGUGCAGCAGGAUCUUGCCUUUGGGAGGCCAGUGAAGUGUAGAACAGCUUGUCAGACAGAACUGGAAUGUGGCCAUAAUUGUGCUGGUUCCUGCCAUAGGUGCAGUGAAGGCCGCUUUCAUGAAAAUUGCAAACAGCCAUGUAAGCAGUUCCUCAUAUGUGCACACAAAUGUCUGGAACCAUGCACUAGUGAGUGCCCCCCUUGUGGGCGGCCCUGCCAGAACCGCUGCAUUCACAGCCAAUGCAAGAAGAAGUGUGGUGAGCCAUGUGCUCCCUGUGUAGAACCUUGUGAGUGGCAAUGUGAGCACCACAAGUGUAAGAAGUUGUGCUCAGAGCCCUGUGAUCGACCAGUGUGUAACAAGCCUUGUAAGAAGCACCUUAAGUGUGGCCACCCUUGCAUUGGUCUUUGUGGUGAACCUUGCCCCAAACAUUGCCGAGUGUGUCAUCGUGAUGAAGUCACCCAGAUAUUCUUUGGUUAUGAAGAUGAAGAGGAUGCUUGUUUUGUGCAGUUAGAAGACUGCAAACACAUCUUUGAAGUGAAAGGGCUAGAUAUGUACAUGCAGACUAGUGCUGAUGAAAGUCACAUAAUCAAACUUAAAGUGUGCCCCAAGUGUCAGACCCCAAUACGUAAAAACCUUAGGUAUGGUGCUAUGAUCAAGAAAAGCCUGGAAGAGGUUGAAAAAGUGAAAACUAAAAUCCAGGGGUCACAGGAAGAUAUAGAAUCAAAUAAGCAAAGACUUUUGGAAGUUCUGUUUAAGGACAAUAACAUUAAGUUAUAUCUUGCAAAAGAACAUGAAAAGUUGUUUGAAGCUCUAGAAAGCAGAGACAUAUCUAUGAAUACUCUCACUUUGAUUGAAAACAAGAUCAAAUUCUGUAGUCGCCUUGGGACACUGAAGAGCUUUGAGAGCAAGAUGGAUUAUGAGAUGAGGAUUUAUUUUAAGAAACGAGUGGCUGAGUGCCUAGCAUGGCUAGAAAAGCCUCAGGUAAGGUUCACAGAUCAACAACUCACUGAUCUUCAAACUGAAAUACAGAGGCUGACUUAUCUUGCUGAGUUGAACAUAAGGUGCAAGAUGAGUGCUCAGAUUGGUACCAUUUUGAUGGAGGAGAUUGAUACUAUUCGUUUCAUCCUGGAGAAUACAAAAAAGUUUUCAAUGAGUGAUGAAACCUUUGUCAAGGACAAAAUGGAAAACCUGAAAAAACGUUUACCGAUUAGUGGUCUAGGUGUAUCAGAUUCAGAGAGAGUGGACAUUGUCAAAGCCAUGGGACUUCGACAAGGUCAUUGGUUUAAGUGCCCCAAUGGUCAUAUUUAUGUCAUUACAGAAUGUGGUGGUGCAAUGGAAAGGAGUCGGUGUCCAGAAAAGGGUUGUGGUGAAGAGAUUGGAGGUGAAGGUCAUAGACUUAUAGCAAGCAACCAAUUAGCAAGAGAAAUGGAUGGUGCGUCACAUGCAGCUUGGUCAGAAACAGCCAAUGACAUGUUAAAUUUUCAAGAGCUGCGAGACUUUGGACAUUAGAAAUUAAAAUUCUUUUAGUUUCCACAGUUUUGAGGAAAGGACACAGGCAUAAUGAAGAUGGUGUUAUAUUUUGCUGUGGUUUAAGUAGCCCAACUUCUGCUUUGUGUGCCAGUGUUAUCGUGGUUUCUACUGAUAGGCAUAAUUUCAGUGUCAGUUGUGACAUGGCUAGCCAAGAAAUCCUUUAAUCAAAAUGGUGAAUACUAGCAUAUUCACCAUUGCUCGAUGUUAUGUAGUCAGAGAGUGUGGAAAGGUCAGAUUCUGCCCAACACAGCUGUCAGAUAAUCUUGGUCUUAGCUUGAUGUUUAUGCUACAUAAUCCAUGAAUGUUAUAUUUAGAAAAGGAGAAUGAGACUAUUCCUGUAAGUGCUCCUUAAAUGAAAUAGCUUUCUGUAUAAAAUGAUUUACAAGCUUUUGAUUAGAGCUGACUAGGUAAUAAGCCAACUAAAUGGUGAUCCAGCAUUUCUAUGAUAGUGGAUGCUGGUAGUGUGACAUAGUCCGUAUGACAGCAGAGAUGAUGUUUCUGAUUAUAAGGGAAAGUGUAGUACAUUCACUUGCUUCACACAAUUUAACAGUCUAGACUGUCAACUGUAGGAAGUAAAGCACUAAAUAAAAUAAUAUGAUAAGAUCUUUGUGACUCAGAUUAGCCACCAAGGUGUUCUAUGUGAGGUUUAGGUGGAUGAGAAAAAAAUAUGUGUAAGUGGUGAUAGGCAAGAGAAUCUAAAUAGCCUUAGAAAUUAAUCUGCAUCCAAGUGGAAAUGAAACUUUACAUUUCUUUGCACAUCAACACAUUUUUAUUUUAUUUGUUGAAUGUUUCUGUAUUCAUACCUUCACUCACAGAGGUGUUGAUAGAUUGAGGCUCAUUUUCUCAGAGGUCUUCUCUUCUUAACUUCUCAUUGAAAACCCAUAUGCUAAAUUGUUACAAAUCAAAGUCGAGCAGAUAGCAUAAUGUUGGGCAAGCAUGACUGAGUAAUCAGUAUUUGGGAAAGUUUCAUAGCAUCUGACUCACCUCUGUAUGUAGGAAAGUGCCUUUCCAUCUUUCUGGUCUAUGGCAGUCACAUGUAGAAAAAUUGUUCCUCACAUGCAGUAGUAGAAUACACAGGUUUACAGUGGGGCAUGAAUGCUGGAAUUAAGAACACCAUUUUUUUUAAUACAAUAUAUUCAGACAGUAUAGCGUUCUAAUAUGAAUCAGCAUACUUAGCUAUUCCAGUGCCGUGGGACAUAAACACUACCCUAUUUCAUCAUGAUCCAGUUAUAGGUUUGAUCAUCUUGUGACAUUAUUGCAGUCUCCAUCACUUCAUACUCAGGGAAACAAAAUUCCUUACAAUUUAGUUAGAAUAUUUCACAGUGGAAUGCUUUAAACACUGGAACAUGGAACAGUUUCUAAAUAGUUCUGUGAAUUUUUUAAAUAUCCUGAUCUUUCUUAAGGGCCUCAUGUUAACCAUUUCAGAAAGUAGUCUUUAUCUGCUUACUUCAGAAGGGACAAGUGGAACAAAUGAAUGGUAUUGUGGAACAAAUUUACUAAUCUUUAGGGGGACAUGUUACAUUGCUGAUCAAGGCAUUUUUGCCUUGGCUACUUUCAGAUGGCAUCACAGAACACAUGGACUUCUUGGAUGCAUCAUUAUAACAUGGAGGUAGAAUCAGUAUGCUAUUACUCCUAAUAUGGCCUUCCCAGUGCAUAUUACAAUCGCAUGCUUUAUUACUACUGUUGUCAUCAUACCUUCGCAGUCUGAUGUUAAAGGAGGAGCUAGAGACUGGGCUUAAGAGGCACUUGUUGAUCUAAGAGAUAUUUAGGAACAAACCCAAAUUAAAUGUAAUCUUUGGAUAUUAGUCAGAUGGCACAGCCUUUGUAGGCAUUGAGGCUAAUAAAAACUGCACUGCAUAAUGCAUACAUCUUGUGGAGUUCAACAUAUUCUGACUGGACAAACAUUUUCGAAGAGCAGUAUAUAUGGGUGUGUACGGUAUGAUCCUACAAAAGGAUAUGUGGUAUCAGACAAGUGUUCAUACUGCUUUGCUUUGUGCUGUUGCUCAAGCAUUCAAAUUAAAAUAAAACUACAAAAAAAUACAUAUUUUUAUGCAACUAUAUAUACUCUAAAACAGACAUGUUUGCAUAUAUUGUGAAUAAAAAAUAUGAAAUGUGUUCAAAGAAAAUAGGGAAAUGUAAAAAAAUAAGAAAAAGAACAGUAAAUAAGAGAGAAAAUAGUUAUUUUUAGACUUCCCAUUUAAAUGUCAUGUGUAAAUAGUCUUCAGGGAGAACUUCUAGGAUUAAAUCUUGGAGACAGGACUUAGCUGCUGCAAAUGCCCUUUUGUUAUGUAACUACAUCUCAGUCACCACAAGAAUGCUUUUUUCAGCAAGAAAUAAGAACAUUGUUGUAAUAGCUCUGUGAAAUGCCAUUCUUCACCUUUGUAGUAACCAGAAAUUACUUCAAAGAGCAUGACGUCACUAAUUGUUUGCAAAUUUUCAUGUAAGGUAGGCUGAAAACUUUUCUCCUAAGAAACAUUUUGAGGGGGAGGAUUUUCUUCAUUUAUUGCUGUCGUUCAGGUAGUGUAAUUGUUAGUAUAGAGGUUAAUCUGACAUUCCAGGAUGGAAUUCCUCAUCUGUACUCACUCAUGGCACAUGUUUUAAUUAUUGUAUAAUCUGACAUGGUAGAAAUAAAUUGGGCUGAAACAGUUUUCCACAACAGAGGUUGCCACAUUUUUUGGCACAGGCUUGUAGUCAACAAUAUUAAACUUGAAGGCAAAGGGGUUGCACUAUGCUUUGCCAACUGUAAAGAAAACAAGUGUGUCAGACAUCUGGGUUGUCCAUUAUAUGCAUGCCCACUGAUUUCUAUGUAUCUGUUACUGCUAAGUUAAUAUAAUCACUGCAUGGAACACUGCCAGUUAAGCUGUCUUUCAUCAUUAGAGGAAUGUCUGUUUUCAAAGGGAAAAUUAGAGGGAUGUUUAUUAAAGCAGGGAUACAUCAGAAUUUGCAGUGACCAAAAAGGGGUAUUGUGGUAGUGGCAACCUGUCAGUCAGAGGGUAAGACUGACAGAUGGUAGUGGGGAAAUGGGCCUAAUAGCAGCGCAAAUGAAAAUGUAGAGUCCAUAACAGAUUGCACAUCAAAAGAAACUUUUUUUUCCAUUUUGUCUUUUUUUGUGUAUGUAUUCUGCUUCCAGAUAUACUUUUAUACACACACACACACACACAUAUAUAUAUAUAUAUAUAUAUAUAUAUAUAUAUAUAUAUAUAUAUAUAUAUAUAUUUAUUUUUUUUAAUUAUUAAUCUGCAAAUUAUCAUGACUAGCAACAUGCAAGCCUAUAUAUCGCAUAAGAAAACACAGUUUAGUCAGACACGUUUAAGAAUCCUCUGUACUGGUAAUCAAUCUGUAAUAAAUGGUUGGCUAGGAUUAUGUUGUAUGUUAUUACACAAUGUUACAGUGUGAAGCAUGUCCAUAUGCCUGAGGGCAGGGAAGCAAACGGCAAAAUAAGCUUUGUCUAACUUGUAUUGUUGCUAUAAUGUAAUAUAUGGAAAUGAAUCAGUCUGAAAAGUGUAUCACAAAAGAAAUUUGUCACUGUAAACAUAUCAAACAAAAAUCUGUAUUUUCAGAUCUGUCAUUGUGAAAAUUCAGAAUCAGUUUUGAGUAUGUGAGCCUCAUCUAAAAUCAUGUUUAGUAUGAAUUUCUGCAUCUUUAAGCUGUUGCUGUUGUUGUUUUAUGCAUACAUUAUUUAUAUGCCACUGAAAAUUAGGAAUAAAAACUUCAUUUUACUUUUGCCGUGUACUCACAAAGUUCUGCAUUAAAGCAUGAACUAAAGUACGAGGCAGUACUUUCCUUAGGCAAAACCUUUAACAUUUUAAUAUUUUUGUACUGAAAGCAACAUCUGUCUAAAAUAUGAGACAGGACUGCACUUUCUCUGGAUUUGUGGAUAUUUUAUAAAGUAUGGAAUGAAAAUGAUAGAAAUGUGGUAUAUUUUUAACUUUAACGAUCUAAUGAGUUGUGUUUGUUCAGAGCGGUGGUGAGUGGUUUUAUGGCCUUUUCUGUGGCAAGUGAAAGGGUCAGACUGGUCUGAACUACUGUUGUGCCCAACUUUUCCAUUGAUGUUACCUGGUAGAUGGUACUUUUUGAAAUCCUGUAGAUGGUACUUCUUGAACUGGUUAACUGCCAGGAAACUGGACAGACUGUGGCACUGGUGGAAAGAAAGGCAGUGGUUUGGUCUUGUAUUUAUUAUCAUCUGAAUAUUUUGUAUAGGCAUUCUGUUUUUAAAACAGUCUGAGUGGAAAUAAUUUCUGAUCAUGUUUGCUGUUUUGUGAUUGCUCCAAAAGUUGAACAAUGGUUCUCCUGAUAGAAUUUACUGGAAAAUGAAAUACCGUAAAUGUAUUGCUUAAGAUAUAUACUGGCUUGUUAGACAGGAAAUAAUCUAAAUGCGGUUUCUUGUCAAAUCAUGUUGUUAAAAAAGGUUGACAUUUAACCACAGUUUCAUGAAAUAAUAUGACUGGAAGCCCUGCAAUAAACUAUGGAUAAUGAGGCACCUUUGGAUAAAAGUCAGAAACUCAGGUUCUUUUUACUGUUACUCAGCUGAGGAUAUUCUUCAAAUGAAACAGGCAUAACACAAUUUAAGCACAACAAUACAGAUAACCUCAGAACAUGAAUUAAGGCACUUUCAUUUAUCAACUAUACAGAAAAAAAAAACAGAACUUAAGAGUUUGCACACUUACACACACACACACACACACACACACACACACACACACACACACACACACACACACACACACACACACACACACACACACAUUAGUAGAACACAGUCUUGGGCAUUUAAAAACUAAAAUGAUUUAGGCAUUUUAACUAGUUACAAUAUUAGUUUUAAUAAUGCCUUUGCUGUUUGCACUUCCCUGAGCUGUGUAUUUAAACAAGAUAACUGUUGCACUGUAGUUGACAAAUAAAAUUAUGCCUUGUGAA